AGCGUGUAGUCUUACGCCCCCCGCGAAGCAUCCCCUUGUCCCACAAACAGCCAGCAGCGAGUCUACACUCUACCCAUCUACACUACUACCAUCAUGCUUUCAUCCCUCAGAAUUUCCGCAAGAAGAGCUGCUGCUGCGGCCCCUUCAGCCGGCAACAAAUUACACAAAGGGGUCGUAGCAUCAUCAUCAGCUGGGAGCAGCGGCAGCAUCAUAGAACAAACCGCGUGCCGAGCGUUCGCUACCGUACCAGGACCCCGCCUGUUCGACUACGACACGGUGACCUCCGUGCUGAAGCAGAGCGAUGCCGUGGAGGCGGUCGAGGCCGCGUUCGGGAUGCUCGCGAAGGGGAAGGUCGACGUGCCCAUCCCGAUGCACAUCGGCAUCGACGAGUCCGAGAAGGCCGGACCGGGAGACUGCCACAUCAAGGGCGGCUACAUCUCGGGCACCUCGACGUGGACCGUCAAGCUAGCGAACGUGUCGUUCUACAAGAAUGUGGAGAAGGGCCUUCCCGCCGGAUCGGGCAUCUUCGUCGUCUGCGACGCUACCAACGGCGCUCCCCUCGCCAUCUUCCAGGAGAACCGGUUCCUGACCGACCUGCGGACCGGCGCCGCGGGGGCGGUGUCCGUCAAGCACUUCGCGGCCCGUCACCACAAGAAGGUCGGCUUCGUGGGCGCCGGCGUCAUCGCCGCGGCGAUGGCGCGGGGCUCCAAGUGCGUGCACGAGUUCGACGAGGGCUUCGCGUACGGGCUGGACGUGGUGAAGACGAAGGAGUGGGCCGACGAAAUCGAGGCGGAGCUGGGGUACAAGGUGGUUGAGCUGGACUGGUUGCGACCGCACGCGACCAUCAUCGCGAGCGGAUCAGACCAGCCCACCAAGAACGAGAUCCCGGCUGAGGUACAGAAGGCGAGCAAGAUGGUGUGCGACCUGGUAAGGCAGUGCGAGCAGGUCGGGGAGCUGCGCAGCGCCAUCAAGGCCGGGGUCAUGACGAGGGACGACGUCUACGCGGAGAUCGGGGACGUUGUGAACGGCGACAAGCCCGGCAGGACCGGGGAGGAGCUUAUCCUUGUCGACCUUACCGGUACAGGUGCUCAGGACGCCGCAAUCGGGCAGGUGGCUUGGGACAUUCUUUCCAAGCACUAGAAGCGAUUGGACGUCGAACCUCUACAGCAGUACGAAACUAUAACGCAUAUUGACGAGUGUAGAAGACGAAGCGUUUUUUUUUGUGUGUUCACCUGACGUCAUGCCUAAGUUGGUGAGGGCGCGUAAGGUAAUUGAUUUCGUCAAACUCUUUGUUCCGAGGGCGUUUGGACAGGUUACUGCGAUGACUUGGGUUGCGGUUUACGAGUCCCUCCUCACAAAUCGGCGAAGGUCAAGCGUGAUGGCUGACGGGGAGUGUUGUACAUAUUUUGCUUCGAGGAGAUGUAAGUGGACGUUGUCUGAUCGUAAGGGAAAAAGUCUCGAGAGAAAGAAAAGCGGGGUGGAUGAUGGUCUUGCAUAGGGUCAGAAGUGCUUCCUCUUGCGCACUUACUUGUGGUUUUGUCGGUCUCAUCGACGUAAGCACGGAGGCUUUGGGUGGUUAGCGGUCCGGGUGGGCGACGUAAGCUUUUUUUUGUUUUUUUGCUUCCAUCGUGCCGCGAUUGCUGCCCAACCGGUCGCUCUGCGGCAGCGAGUCGUUUCGACCGUUAGUGAUGUAUAUCGGACAGGAAGAUCGGUUUAGACGCGCUCAAACCACGACCUACGGGAGUUGGACAUACCGCGGUUGGUAUGCAUAUAUACCCGGUAGACAAGACAAGCCCUAUAGCCAUCCCCGGUGACGAUUGACUGUUGUUGCGCUAAGGGGUCUAAAUCCUGUACGAGCGAGUGUGUUGGUGUAAAUAAAGUGUUCAAGCGUUUUAGCUCCGACCUAACGGGCUGCAUGAACACAAGUUUGGUCAUGAAAAUGGUCGCUGCCGUGAGGUCUACACGUUUUGGGGGCUGCCAUCUCAC